ACAAAGCAGUUCGGGCCACGUCGCAUUCGCCAUAGUUCUUGAAACGUGUAAACACACAUACCGGCGACUGACAGAUAUUCCCCCAAAAUGAAUAUUUUCAGGUUAAUCGGGGAUAUGUCCCAUUUAUUGGCAAUAGUUAUAUUGCUGAUUAAGAUGUGGAAAACUCGUUCCGUCGCAGGAAUAUCAGGAAAAAGUCAGAUUUUGUUUGCCUUAGUAUUCACCACAAGAUACCUAGAUCUAUUUACAUCAUUUGUAUCAGUCUAUAACACAUGUAUGAAGGUUUUCUUCAUUGCUGCUUCCUACUUCACUUUGUUCCUGAUGUUCCACAAGUUCAAGGCCACAUACGACAGUAACCAUGAUACUUUCCGUGUUGAGUUCCUAGUUGUACCAGUUGGAGGUCUGGCCUUCCUUGUCAACCAUGAGUUUGCUCCCUUAGAGAUCUUGUGGACUUUCUCCAUCUACCUGGAAUCUGUGGCCAUCCUUCCCCAACUGUUCAUGGUCAGCAAGACCGGUGAAGCGGAAACCAUCACUAGCCACUAUCUGUUCGCCCUCGGCUCGUAUCGGGCUCUCUACCUCCUGAAUUGGAUUUACAGAUACUAUUUUGAGGGAUUCUUUGACCUUAUUGCUGUGGUAGCUGGGGUUGUGCAGACCAUAUUAUAUUGUGAUUUCUUCUACUUGUAUAUAACUAAGGGAAAGGGCUCCCUUCUGUUUACAAAUAAUGAGAUCGUAUUCAAGGACUCCGCCCCCCUGUUGGAUGUGUAGAACAGUGCUGAAAGGAAAGAAGAUAUCAUUACCAGCUUAGUGAACUAGUAUGGGCUCUGGGUAUAAACUGUUUCUAUGUUGGUCAUCAUUCGGGAGAAAAGGCACUGGACAUUUUGUGACAGAAGUCAAUGCCAAGUCAUCAGAAAUUACUCAAAUGUCCAGCCUUUAUUCAAGUUACAAAAAUAUGAUUAGAAGACAUAUUUAUUGGCAUUUUUGCAUUAAAAGCAUAGUAUGUGUAUUGCAUAGAUAUCAUACGUCAUUAAAAUAUGUACGAGAGUGUUGAUUAAAUGGGUUCAGUUGGUGUAUGUUUGUUACUUUUGUACAACUGACAAACUAGGUCAAAAUUCACAAAAAUGUCAAAAAAGUUCUAGAUUGAUUUUGGAAAAAAUGUGAUCAUUUGCCGUUUAGUAAGCUAGUCAGGAGGUGCUUUCCUUGGUGUUUAAUGUAGGACUGUCACUUUGAUAUUUAAAACCUCUAAAGAGCAGCAAUGAAAGAAAACUUUAAUAUUCUUUUCAUAUUCAAAAUAGGUGAAGGUUUUUUUUCUCUCCAUAUUUUUUUCUUUAUAUUUUUGGUGCAAUUUCUCAUAAACCUAGAAAGAUAAAUUAUCUGUUCCAUGUAGAAAUAUGUUUUAUUUUCAUGUAGAGAAAUCCUGUUAUGUACUGAUCAUCUCUAGAUAAUAGUACAUGUAGUAAGAAAAUGAAUUCUGGUUUAGAAGAAGCAAGAAAACUGAUUGCCGUAAAGCAUAUGACUUUUAUUCAAAAAUAUAAUUUAUAGCUAUGAAACAUAUAUUCUCUGUACAUUCACCUGAAAGGGAUAUUCUGCAAAUGAACCCUCCCUGUUCUAAAAAUGAAAGAUACUUCUGUUAGAAAAAUUAAAUGGAUUACUUAUAGCUGUAUUUCAGUAGUUUGUAUAUAGAAUGUUCACAGCUUGGUUCACAAACAUUGUAAAUACUUGUCCAUGUUUAUUUAAUACUUAACAGUAUAAACCUUAUGUUAACAAAAACAUUUAAAAUUGUGAUGUGCAAAAUGGGCUUCAAGAUGUCACUAUUUGAUACACUUGAUAAAUUAUUUUUGUUUGUAUUGAAUACAGAAUAAAAAUCAUUUUACCAAGAUAUAUACUACAUGUAGCUUAAUAUAUACAUCUCAAGUUUGUCUUAAUGAAAUCAAUUUCUGGGAAAAUCGUAUCAGAAUCCGAUUAUCUAUGAGUCUGCCUUUGUUAUUUGUAAAUAAGCUUUUGUAUUUAGAAAGUAGAGAGCAUGGUUAAUUGUUGAGUGAUAAUCUGGCAUCAGAAACCAUUGGUAGAAUGUGCAGUGUAUGUCAUACAUGUAUAGCCUUGUUCAAGUGUUUUUACAGUUUCAAAUACAUGUAAAAUGUUUUGCUCUUUUAAUUCUUUGUUUUAUGAAUGAAAUUAAAAUGGACAAAAUUGGAAA